AUGGUUCAAGACCAUCCUGCUCGGAUACUAGCUGAUACCGGUGCUGGUUUGUCCAUAGUCUCAGAUUCUUUCAUUAGUAAGUACCAAAUACCCACAAAACCCAUAAAAACAAGAUCGAUCCAUGGUGUCACCGGGCACCAACUCUCCAUCAAUAGUUCUGCGAGCAUGCAGGUAUCUAUUGGUACACACAAUCUGGGUGUGGUCGAAGCUUCAGUGGCCGACACUGCGGACUAUGACCUCAUCCUGGGGUUCACUGAGCUACGGAGGCUCAAACCCACCAUACAAUGGGAUACGGGCCAGCUGGAGUUCAAGACUCAGGAGCAGGACCAACCCCCUAGGAGACCCCCUGAAGCAGCAAGAGCAGGGGACCUAACCAUGAGGAGACCAACCCUUCAUGGUAACGAGUUUGUCUCAGCAGAGCGCAUACUACGAGCAGCUCUGGAAGAUGGACCCAUAGGGUUCAUGCUGUUAGAGGAGCCACCAUCAUCACUCCCGGCCUUUGGUUUUGUACCUACAGGCGCAGACAAAGGAGUCGAGAUGGAGGUGGAGGUAGAUAAGGUGGUGACGGCUGCAGACAUACCAAAGCCAUACCAACACCUGCGAGAUGUGUUUGAUGAGGUGGAAGCAGACAAGCUGCCCCAUCAUACCGAGCAUGAUCUCCACCUCGAGUUGAUAGAAGGAGGUAAGCCACCUCAAGGGCCCCUAUACCUUAAGGGACCCAAGGAGAUGUCCGAGUUGAGGAGAUACUUGGAUGAGAACCUCGAGAAGGGGUUCAUAAGACCAUCGAAGAGCCCGGCACGAUCACCAGUGCUCUUCGUACCAAAGAAGGAUGGAGGUCUCAGACUCUGUGUGGACUACAGAGGUCUCAACGAGAUCACUGUCAAGAACAGGGCACCAUUGCCCCUCAUCGAGGAGCAGCUGUUCUUACUCAGGAAGGCAAGGAUCUAUACCAAGCUAGACCUUAGAGCAGCAUACAACCUCAUCCAGAUUGCUAAAGGAGAUGAAUGGAAGACAGCUUUUGGCACUCAGUUGGGACUCUAUGAGUACCUAGUGAUGCCCUUUGGCCUAGCCAAUGCUCCGGCUCACUUCCAGUCAUUCAUCAAUGACAUCUUCCGAGACAUCAUUGGGAUAUAUGUGGUAGUAUACCUAGAUGACUUCCUGAUCUUCAGUGACACUGAAGAAGCACAUGUGAAGCAUGUCACCGAGGUCCUCACUCGCUUAAGGAGCAACAGGCUCUUUGCUAAGCUGUCGAAGUGUGAGUUCCACACCAAGACAGUCGAGUUCCUGGGGUACAUCAUCAAGCCGACAGGCAUAGAGAUGGACCCAGAAAAGGUGCGCACUGUCAAGGAGUGGCCAAUGCCAGAGUCAAUCCAUGACAUCCAGAGGUUCCUGGGUUUUGCCAACUUCUAUCGAAGGUUCAUAGCCCACUUUGCUCGCAUAGCCAAGCCCUUGACAGCACUGGUAAAGCCUAUAGAACGGUUCAAGAAGUUCGAGCUACCAGAGGAGGCCCAACAGGCCUUCCACAAGCUCAUCCAGGCCUUCACAUCAGCAGGAGUGCUUCAGCACUUCGACUACCACCUUCCAACAAGGUUGGAGACUGAUGCAAGUGACUUUGCUAUAGCAGGAGUGCUCAAGCAGGAGCAUGAAGGACGAUGGCAUCCAGUGGCCUUCUACUCUAGGAAGAUGUCUUCUGCCGAGAAGAACUAUGAGAUCCAUGAUAAGGAGCUCCUAGCUGUGGUCGCCUGCCUCACUCAGUGGCGACACAUGCUAGCUGGACUACCGAACCAACUGGUCAUCCUCACUGACCAUGAAGCCCUCAAGUACUUCAAGUCACAGAGACGCAUCACAGGUCGACAAGCUCGAUGGGCAAUACUACUAGCAGACUUCGACUUCAUAUUGCAGUAUCGACCAGGAGACAAAGGUGGUGAACCCGAUGCUCUCACCAGAAGGACAGACAUGCAACCAGCUGGUGAAGAGCAGGAUCACAAUGUGAGGCAACUACUGCCUCCUCGAGUGUUCAAGGAGACAGCAGACCAUGCCUCGCUCCUAGUGGCCCCCAUGAUCUCGAUGGAGUCCAUAGCAUCAAAAGGUCUCAAAGACCUGGUCAAGAUCUUCCAGCCUCUAGACCAAGAGCUACAGGAGAUACAUAGGAAGAAGCCUUUCGAACUCAAGGAUGACCUAUGGUACAGUGGAGGAAGGUUGGUUAUCCCCAAGGUGAUCAUGCCAGGGAGGACCAACAACCGACACUCAAGGAGUGCCAAAGAGGUAGAUGGACAGUCUCUCUCUGUAGAGCAUCUGCGAUUCAUGGUGAUGACCCAAUGCCAUGAUGGUAUCACUGCUGGACAUGUAGGAAGAGAUGCUACCAUCAAGGCAGCUCAACGACAUUACUGGUGGCCAAACAUGACAGCUUGGAUUGCAGACUAUGUAGCAAGUUGUCCUGUAUGUGCUAGGUACAAAGCUCCUCGUCAUCAUCCAUAUGGUUUGCUACAGCCACUAGCAACCCCAGACAGGCCCUGGGGCUCCAUAUCCCUCGACUUCAUUGAAGGACUACCACCAUCAAAGAAGUAUGACUCCAAGACCUAUGAUUCUAUCCUAGUCAUUGUCGACAGGUUAACCAAGUUUGCCAUACUAGCUCCAACCCAUAAGACAGUCACAGCCAAACAGACUGCAGUAUUGCUAUAUGGACACAUGGUUAGACUCUUCGGAUAUCCAGAUCACAUGGUCUCGGACCGAGGCAGGCAGUUCAUAUCAGGAGCAUGGAAGGCAUUUGCAGAGCAAAUGGGUGUGAAGCACUCACUUAGCACGGCCUACCAUCCUCAAACUGAUGGUCAGACAGAGAGAGUCAAUCAGGUCAUAGAGCAAUAUCUCAGGAUGUACUGCAACUAUGAGCAGAAUGACUGGGCCAACCUGCUGGACACUGCAGCCUUUGUAUACAACAACACGGUCCACAACAGCAUUGGUGUCUCACCAUUCUUUGCAUGCUAUGGAUGGAACCCCAAAGCUCAUCCUGACAUCCCUCAACGACUAGGAGUCAAUGAUCCAGGUCGCUUCGAGUACCUCAUGGAUGGAAAGGAGCGUUGCAAGUACCUCCAGGAGCAGAUCAGAGAGGCACAACGUAGAUCAGUAAACCAGUAUAACAGGAAGCACAAGGACAUCGAGUUUAAGGUGGGUGAUAUGGUCUAUAUCAACCGACGAAACUGGAAGACAAGGAGACCCACACCCAAGUUAGACACCCGGUUUGCAGGACCCUACCCAGUUCAGGAACGGGUAGGACGCCGAGCUUAUCGAAUCACAUUGCCAGCAAACCUUAGGGUGCAUGAUGUGUUCCAUGUCUCCAUGCUCGAGCCAGCAAGAACAAGUUCUCUUCCUCAACGUGCUGAACAGCCCACCAUACCAUCACUUCCAGAUGAGGACCUCGACUUCGAAGUCGAAGCACUCAUCGACAAGCGUUCACACAAUGGGACUACGGAGUACAAGGUGUUGUGGAGAGGGUACUCAGAGGAAGCUGCUUCAUGGGAACCAGUAGAGAACCUCAACUGUCCCGACCUCAUCCAGGAGUAUGAGGUGUCGGAGGGGGGACGAUGCAGUCUCCAUGGAGACCAUGGACUCCUAUGGACUCACAUGCAAAGCAGGGCCAAGCACAGCCACGAGGAGGACCAAGCUCAAGGAGCAGGCACAGCCACGAGGAGGACCAAGCUCAAGGAGCAGGCACAGCCACGAAGAGGACCAAGCUCAAGGAGCAUGCAGAUGGUUACCACUCAGGGGCUCGAGAGACAAGAGCCAAAGGAACUGUCAAUGAUCAAAGGAGGAGGAGCAGUGUCGAAGGAGUCGACACCAGGUCAUGAGGAGGAGGAGCAGUGUCGAAGGAGUCGACACCAGGUCAUGAGGAGGAGGAGCAGUGUCGAAGGAGUCGACACCACUCAAGAGGCACAGGGGUGCCAAGCAGGAGAGGCCCCUGAGCAGUACUCGAUGAAGAAGGUACUCUCUGGAGAGAGAGCAGGAGCAGCAUCGCUGGCGAUGCUGUGA